AUUUUAAUACUCGAAUAUGUAAUACACCUGUGUAAUAGCUUGAUCCACGGAUAUUUUGGAGAUCAUCAUCGACCACUGCUUCUCCAGCAUGUCCUUCAAGAUAACCAUGCUCGUUUUACUGAUACAGCAUUCUGUUACAUGUUUCGGAGAUGCGUUUUCCAGUCAUCAUCUGCAUCCACAACACAAUUUACACACAGAUAAAGCAACACUCCUGGAGUUCAAGAAGAACAUAUUAUAUGACCCACAUUCAAAACUUGCUAACUGGGAUGAGAAAACUCAUGUGUGCAACUUCACCGGUGUAAAAUGUGACGAACUGCAUCAUCGCGUUUUCCAAAUCAACCUCAAUGAUUCUCAUCUCUUAGGUUUGCUUCCACCAGUAAUCUCAAAUCUCACACAGCUUCGAGUGCUAGAGCUCGUAAACAAUCAAUUUUUUGGCAUUAUCCCAUCCGAAUUUUCCUCCCUCAGGAAACUUAUUUAUUUGAAACUCAGUAGCAACAAUUUCCAUGGACAAAUACCACAUUCCUUUUCUUUACUUUCCAACCUCGCAUUGAUUUUUCUUGAUGCAAAUAACUUAAAUGGAACGAUCCCACCAGCUCUCUUUUCCAACUGUACAUUCCUGAAUAAUGUAGAUUUCUCCCAAAAUUUCCUCACUGGUAAGAUUCCAGCAGAAAUCGGGAAAUGCCCAUAUCUGUGGAAUCUUAACUUAUACAACAACCAAUUCAUUGGAGAAAUCCCUGCAUCUUUAGCCAAUUCAUCAGGUAUAUUGAAUUUGGAUGUGGAGAACAACAGCCUUUCUGGUGAACUGCCUUCAGAAACAAUAUCAAAGCUAAACAAGAUGUGGUACCUUCAUUUAUCAUACAAUCACAUGGUGAGCCAUGACAACAACACUAACCUAGAGCCAUUUUUUACUGCUGUGGCAAACUGCAGUGGGUUAGUGGAGCUGGAAUUGGCUGCUAUGGGUCUUGGAGGCAGAUUGCCUAGUUCCAUUGGACUACUGAGUGAAAUACUGGAUCACCUGUUACUACAAGAAAACCAGAUAACUGGAUCAAUUCCUACUGAGGUGCAAAAUCUUUCCACCAUUAAAAUACUGAAUUUGACAUCCAAUCGUUUAAGUGGAACCAUUCCAGCUGAAAUAGGUGAAUUGUCAUAUUUGGAACAGCUUUGUUUGUCUCAUAACUUGUUGACCGGUGAUAUUCCAGCUUCUAUAGGACAAAUGUCUAGUCUUGGUCUGAUGGAUCUAUCUAAUAACAAAUUAUCUGGUCAGAUUCCUAAAGAAUUUGGAAAUCUAUCCAGAAUAAACUAUCUAUUCCUCAACGACAAUCUUCUUUCUGGAAAAAUACCUACGACCUUAGGGAGAUGUAUGUCUCUGUACAAGCUAGACCUGUCCUACAACAGAUUGACAGGAAGCAUCCCUACAGAAAUAUCUGGAAUGCGUGAAAUCCGAAUAUUUCUGAAUCUAUCACAUAACCAGCUUGAAGGGCCCUUGCCAGUCGAACUAAGCAAACUGGAGAGUGUUCAAGAGAUUGAUUUUUCGUCUAAUAACCUUAGUGGGAGUAUCUUUUAUCAAAUUUCUAGUUGUGCCGAAUUGCGGGUGAUAAAUUUCUCCAACAAUUCUCUUCAAGGGCAUCUUCCAGAAUCGUUAGGAGAUCUUAAGAGCCUUGAAUUUUUUGAUGUUUCACAAAACAAGUUAUCUGGAAUAAUCCCGGAUAGCUUGAACAAAAGCCAUACUCUGACGUUCCUGAAUCUUUCAUUCAAUAACUUUGCUGGAAUGAUUCCCACUGGUGGCAUCUUCGAUUCCAUCACAAAGUUAUCAUUCUUGGGCAACCAGCAGCUUUGUGGGUCUGUUCCUGGCGUACCAGUUUGCCACAGAAAGCAACACUAUUUCCUCUCCCGUGUUUUCUUGGCUAUCUUUUGUAUUGUCAUAUUCAUAUCAGGUUUUUUCUCGACAAUCUGUUGUGUGAUUGGAUGCCAGCGCCUGAAAGUUAUCGUUUCCACCAGCCAGGAAAGAAAAGAGAGAAAAUUGCCGCAAGACUUGACACACAAUUUUCCAAGAAUAACCUAUAAAGAACUUUCAGAGGCCACAGGAGGAUUUGAUGACCAGAGACUAAUUGGAUUAGGCAGCUAUGGGCGAGUGUAUAGAGGAGAUCUUCCAGAUGGAACCCAAAUAGCAGUCAAGGUUCUACAUCUGCAAACCGGAAAUUCCACUAAGAGUUUCAACAGAGAAUGCCAAGUGUUAAAGAGGAUCCGUCACAGAAAUCUAAUAAGAAUUAUUACAGCUUGUAGCUUGCCAGAGUUUAAGGCCCUUGUUCUUCCCUAUAUGGCAAAUGGGAGCUUAGACAGCCGUCUUUAUCCACAUGCAGAUAAUGGCCUAAGGUUAGGCUCCUCAGAUUUGAGCCUAAUACAGAGGGUGAACAUUUGCAGCGACAUUGCAGAAGGGAUGGCUUACUUGCAUCACCAUUCUCCAGUUAAAGUCAUACACUGUGAUUUAAAGCCAAGCAAUGUUCUUCUGAAUGAUGAUAUGACAGCUUUAGUCUCUGAUUUUGGGAUAGCAAGACUGGUCAUAUCUGUUGGAGCAGGAAAUGGCGGGAUAAUUGAGAAUAUGGGGAAUUCGACUGCGAAUAUGCUAUGUGGAUCUAUUGGAUACAUUGCACCAGAGUAUGGGUUUGGGUCAAGCACAUCCACAAAGGGGGAUGUUUAUAGCUUCGGUGUCCUGGUUCUUGAGAUGGUGACUAGAAAGAGGCCAACAGAUGACAUGUUUUCCGGAGGGCUAAACCUGCACAGAUAUAUCAAAAGCCAAUACCACAGGCAAAUAGAAAAUGUUGUUGACUCUUCCUUAUUGAGAUCCUUAAAAGACCAGUCCCCUGAGGUAAAGAAAAUGUGGGAAGUCGCAAUUGGAAAAUUAACUGAGUUGGGAAUUAUCUGCACGCAGGAAUCAGCUUCUACGAGGCCUACAAUGCUUGAUUGUGCGGAUGACUUGGAUCGUCUCAAGAGAUACCUGUCAGGGGACACAACAGCAACAUUGGCGACAUCCCUUGGAAUAUCAUCUUCAACGUUCAGUGAUGAUUAGCAAUAUAUGUAGAUUCAUCAGAUUGCUUCUGGGAUUCUAAUUGCAGCAAACCAUUAAUUUUCAAGAAGUUGAGUUCUCCUACUUAGCAAUCUUUUGGCUAGCAAAAUUAGUUGAUUGAGGUACAAAUAUAAAUCCUGAAGAAUAUAUAAUAUUUUUUUGAAACUUCUCCUCUUUAUUCUUC